AUGUGGCGUCGAUCACUUGAAAUUCUGGAAUUUUCACGUUUUUUCGACUUAAUUAGAUUCGAAAAUGAUCUGCAAUUUAUUCUAAAAGAAGAAUCGAAUAAAGAAGUACAUUCUUCUAAUGAUUGUUUGGAAGGAAAAAAAUAUAUCCCCAAUGGUCAUAAUUUACCAUUAGCCAAUGGUCAUAAUUUACCAUUAGCCAAUGGUCAUAAUUUACCAUUAGCCAAUG